CCUCCUCCCAGCGUCUGACGCGACACGCCGAGGAUCGGAGUCCCCUCCCGCAACCUACCUCUGGCCCUCCCGGGUGACGCCGGGUAGAAAAGUAGGAGGAGCGGAGAAAGGAGAAGGAGGGAUGCCGACGCCUCUGCAGUGCAUUCUGGGGAGGGCGCUGCUCCGUACGCCGCGUAGCCUCCUGGGAGUUGUAGUCGCGGUCCUGAGACAACUGUUUACACCAUGGAUAGCACAAAGGAGAAGAAUGACAGCACAAAUGAGAAGAAUGACAAUUACAGAGAUGAUCUCAUGCUUGGGAUGGGACUUAAUGAUAAUAAAGCCGGAAUGGAAGGAUUAGAUAAAGAGAAAAUUAACAGAAUUAUAAUGGAUGCCACAAAGGGGUCCAAAUUUUAUGGAUAUGAGCUCAAGAAAGAAAAGCAAAUCAACCAACGAAUUGAACAUAUGAUGCAACAAAAAGCUCAAAUUACCAGCCAGCAGCUAAGGAAAGCACAAUUACAGGUUGACAUGUUUGCAAUGGAGUUGGAACAGACCCGGGAUCUGAACAAUACCAUAGUGCACAUUGACAUGGAUGCUUUCUAUGCGGCUGUAGAAAUGAGGGACAAUCCAGAACUGAAGCAUAAACCCAUUGCUGUAGGAUCAUGGAGUAUGUUGACUACUUCGAAUUACCAUGCGAGGAGAUUUGGUGUUCGUGCAGCCAUGCCAGGAUUUAUUGCAAAAAGACUCUGCCCACAACUUAUUAUAGUGCCCCCAAACUUUGACAAAUACCGAGCUGUGAGUAGGGAGGUUAAGGAAAUACUUGCUGAUUAUGAUCCCGAUUUUAUGGCCAUGAGUCUUGAUGAAGCCUACCUGAAUAUAACAAAGCAUUUAGAGGAAAGACAAAAUUGGCCUGAGGACAAAAGGAAGUAUUUCAUCAGAACAGGGAACUCUGUAGAAAAUGAUAAACCAGGAAAGGAAGUUAAGAAACUACAUGAGCAGAAAGGAUCCAUCUCUCCACUACUUUUUGAAGAUAGUCCUCCUGAUUUGCAGCCCCCAGGAAAUCCUUUCCAAGUGAACUUUGAAGAACCGAAUAAUCCUCAAAUACUCCAAAACUCAAUUGUUUUUGGAACAUCAGCUGAGGAAGUGGUAAAGGAAAUUCGUUUCAGAAUUGAGCAAAAAACUACACUGACAGCCAGUGCAGGCAUUGCACCAAAUACAAUGUUAGCAAAAGUAUGCAGUGAUAAGAAUAAACCAAAUGGACAAUACCAAAUUCUCCCUAAUAGGCAAGCUGUGAUGGACUUCAUCAAGGACCUACCCAUUAGAAAGGUUUCUGGAAUAGGAAAAGUUACAGAGAAACUGUUAAAGGCCCUUGGAAUUAUUACUUGUACAGAACUCUACCAACAGAGGGCAUUACUUUCUCUCCUUUUCCCUGAAACAUCUUGGCAUUAUUUUGUUCAUAUUUCCCUGGGUCUAGGUUCAACACACCUGGCAAGGGAUGGAGGGAGGAAAAGCAUGAGUGUUGAGAGGACAUUCAGUGAGAUGAGUAAAGCAGAAGAACAGUACAGCUUGUGUCAAGAACUUUGCAGUGAACUUGCUCAAGAUCUGCAGAAAGAAGGACUUAAGUGUAGAACUGUUACCAUUAAACUGAAGAAUGUGAAUUUUGAAGUAAAAACUCGUGCAUCUACAGUUUCAUCUGUUGUUUCUACUGCAGAAGAAAUAUUUGCUAUUGCUAAAGAAUUGCUGAGAACAGAAAUUGAUGCUGAUUUUCCACAUCCCUUGAGAUUAAGACUUAUGGGGGUGCGGCUAUCUAGUUUUCCCAAUGAAGAGGAGAAAAAAAACCAACAAAGGAGCAUUAUUGGCUUCUUACAGCCUGGAAACCAAGCCCUGUCAGCCACCGGGUGUAUACCAGAGAAAACUGACCAAGAUCAGUUUCUAAAACCUCUAGAAAUGUCUCCUAAGAAGAGUUUCUUUGAUAAAAAACGAUCUGAAAGGAAAUGGAACCACCAAGACACGUUUAAAUGUGAAACUGUAGAUAAGCAAAGUUUACAGACAUCACAAUCAUUCCAAGUUUUAAAGAAGAUGAGUGAGAAUUUAGAAACAUUGGAGAAUUCAGAUAACUGUCAGAUAUUUACCUGUCCUAUUUGCUUUAGGGAGCAAGGAAGCAUCAGUCUGGAAGCCUUUAAUAAACAUGUAGAUGCAUGUCUUGAUGGACCUUCCAUCAGCGGAAACUCUAAAAUGUCCUCACAUUCACAUGCUUCCUCUACAGAAGUGAACAAGAAAGCAAAUGCGCAUGAUUCUAUUUCUCUCUGUGAGAAGCAGGAUUAUGAAACCCAUCAGAAGAAUACAGAGAUCAUGUCAGUAGAUUAUGUAGGGCUGGUAGAGACCACCGGUAACCCAUCAAAUACAGAAGGUGUAGAUGCUUUAAGCAAUAAGCACAGUGAAGGGGAAUGUUCUGGUCUUCCAAGCAAAUCAUUUAAUAUGGAACACUGUCCUCAGAAUUCGUAUACAGUUUCAUUGGAAAAUGAAGAUGUUGGGUCAUUAAGAAGGCAAGAACCACCGCAACCUUAUUUAUAUGAAGUGAUCAGUGACCAAGUGCUAGUUUGUCCUGUUUGUAAUCUAGAACAGAACACUUCUGAUCUUACGCUAUUCAAUGUGCAUGUAGAUGUUUGCUUAAAUAAAGGCAUUAUCCAGGAACUGAGAAAGGAUGGGGUUAAUCCAGUUAACCAACCCAAAGAAAGCACCAAAAGUACUGAUAACUCAGGCAAAAUAGAGAAGAUUGGAACAAAAGCAAAAAGGCCAGGAUUGAUGACAAAGUCCUCAGCAUCAAAGAAAACAAAACCAAACAAUCCCAGACACACCCUUGAUAUAUUUUUUAAAUGAAUGUUGAACAUUUUAUCAUUAAUUUUUUUUUUUUUUUUUUUUUUUUUUUUUUGGCACACGGGCUUGCUUAGUUGCUCCGCGGCAUGUGGGAUCUUCCUGGAGCUGGGAUCGAACCAGUGACCUCUGCAUUGGCAGGCGGAUUCUUAACCACUGCGCCACCUAGGAAGCCCCUAUCAUUAAUUUUUGAUUGAAACUUGUUAUUUUAUAAUCAAUGAAUGUAUUCUUCCUCAUUUCGGGCUUAUAGAUUCAUUUAGUAAAAGGCAAGUGCAAUAAGCCCUCCCUAAAUGACAUUCCUUUAUAUGAAUUUGGAAUGUAUACUAAUUUACUUCUGUAUCCUUUUUUGAUAACAAUGAGAAUUUCACUUCCAUUAUACUUCAAUUGGAAAUCAGAGAUAAUUUUAAAAUGAGAAGUUAAGAGUGGGAUCAGGAAGUGAUUUCUUUCUUUAUUAUAUUUUAUAGUGAAUAUAAAAACAUUUAUAAGGGCUCUCCGGUUCAGAUAAACCUUUUUUAGCAUGAGAAUUUUUUAGCACUUAACCAUUUCGUUGGCACUGGACUGCUAUGUUUGAUUUUAGUAUCUUCUACAGCUUUGUAUACUUAUAUUUUAGCUCCUAGUAUCUUCAGAUACCUCAUGAGCAUUCAUAAUUAAUAUUUAUCAUAAGUUCUAUGAAGAGUAUUAUCUUAGCAGAACUAGCAUGAGUGGGUUUGUUACCUUCCGGAAAAUAAUAUGACAGUAUUAUUUUCUGUGUUAAAAGAUUUUUUUUGUUUAAAAUAUGAUUAUUCAUUUGAUUUUUUUUUUUUUAGUUUAAAAUUUCUUUAAUGAAUAAGCACUUGGUUCACUUUAAAAAAUAUUUAGUCUAAGAUUCAAAGUAAUUAUUUUCUUAUCUGGGACUUUUAAGUGGCAGUAUUUCAUUUCUUGGCAGUUAUGUUUGUACUUUACACAAAUCUGUAAGAAAGGAUAAAUUGUACACUCACUUUAUUAUGAUCUUCUAGAGAAGAAUGUACAAUUCAAAAGAUUGUGUGUUAAAACACCUCAUUUAUCUUAGUUAUAUUUCUAUCAUGUUUUUAUUAAUAUUCAUGAAAGAAAACAACUUAACAGUAGUUAGCUUAAGUAGUUGCUCCAAAUAUUUUUGUGCUAUCAAUAGGAGCUUUUAUCAAAAAACAAUUAUUUAAUUGAAACAUGAAGAUGGAACGAUUUUCUAUUACUCCUUUAAGGAACUGAAUCUUUUGUUCUUAUGUUUUUGUUUUUCCUUUUCAUAUUUUAUUGUUCAUUACAUAAAUGUGUAAAGACAUAAUGUUUUAGGAAUAGCGUAAAUUAGGAUCUUGCACAACCUUUGGCCAAAGUGGUAAUUUGACUUUAGAUUACUGUAUAGUUUAAAAUUAAACUUAGUGUUUAUCAGUAUACCAAUUUCAUGCCUAGUAUUAUUGUACGCUAUGGUGAAUACUUAGCUGUAGAGCUAUGGUUCUUGAUUGUGUGAUUUACUUAUAUUAAUUCUUUACAAAAUUAAGUUCAAUGAAGCACUAAUUUAAUGUAUUGGAAAGUAGAUAGCACUGUGUUUGUCCUUUUCUAUCUUGUUUAAAGUUUAUUUUUAUUGUGUUUUCAACAUGAGAGUAAAUACUAAAUUAUUUUCA